UUACCUCUACAACACUUGCAUCCCUCACUGUGCUCCAAGAAGCCAUGCCUUCACUUGAUGAACAUUGUGUGUAAUAUGGAUACUAAGGAGCUGGCUUUUAUUUGUAGUAUUUUAUAGCACUGAGGAAUCUAGUUUUUAAUUGCCUCCUGUUUUUUUUGUGUGUUUUUUUUUUUUUUAAAGGAAACAUUUUUACAGUAAUGUUACAAAACUGAAAAACAAACAACUCCAGAGUGCUAAAUAACCUUGAACGAUGCUAUUGAGUAGCUGGCUUUUAGGUUUCUAAAUGUUUACGCCUAAAUGUUAACUCCAAAAAUAGUCAAUCGAUAUUUUCACAUGCUUGUUGUUGCACAAUUUUAGGUGAAAAAUUGAGUUAUACUGUAGCUAUUGUAAAACAAAGGACCUUGUGGUUACUUUAAAUGUAAUACAAAAAGGUUUUGUUAAAACGCAACGUAUUUCUGUUUUAUUCGAAUGAUUGAAGUACUCUACAUGUGUUUUUGAUUCCCCCAUUAAUGUUUUCUAUUUUUGCGCAUAUAUUGUUUUGAUUCCAAGGUCUAUUAAAUUACACAUUAAAAGUCAGCGCUGUCAUUACUUAGCAAUGAUAUAAAAUACCAAAAGGCCACUCAGAUGUACAAAACAUCGUCACUAGGGUAAUAAAGGUAUACAAUGCCUAAUGCAGUGUAAGCACUCAGCGUACAGAGUCCAGGACUGGUCUGGCAUAGUGGAAAAUGCUAGCUAACUCGAACAAUAGUUAAAGGCCUGCGCUCUGGGACUGUAUCAUAAACUAAACUGACUUUAAAGAAUGGCAUCAGGGAAGAAAUUCAAAUGUGCCUUGUUUGAAAUCCUGCAGUUUUCAGCCCUGUGCAUCCCUGUUUUCAUAAUCAUUCACAGGUUCGCCUCCAUUGUCAAGCAGGUUAAGAAGGCACAAGGGCAAAAUGACGGGGAUGCAAACACUGCCUACUGGCUUGUUGUGGCUUCCUCUAUUGCUUAUGUCACAUUUGUGGCCUUGAUUAUUUGGGUUCCUAUGAAAUACAUGAUAGCCAAAAAAAGGAAGUUUUUCACUGAAAGGAAGAAGUGGAGACCAAUCCUUCUGGUGUAUAUGAUUCUCUCAACAUUGCCCUGCUUUGCAUUCCUAAUAGCCAGCACGGAGGUGCAGGUAAACAGUAACUUGGAGCUUCAUCUGUACGAUACCCUCACUGAUCUCCCUGUCUCUCUGGUUAUGUUCUCCCUCAUUUGCGUAGAUGUAAUUGAUAGACUUCGGAAAUGUCGUCUUACAGGGCAAAUGCAAGAGGCUGAAAGGGAUGCUGGGAUUCAUAGUCCUGUUCUGACACAUCUGGAGCAAGUUCCAACUGUAUCUGGGCAGAUCGAUGAAAAUGAAAACGAAAAUCAUGGAGCUACAAGAUUAAAAGCCAAUGGAUCUGUGCCAGGGAUAACAGCACCGGAGAAUUGGGAAAACCGUUACAGCUCCCGCACAGCAAGCUCCAGUUACUACACAACACAGUACACACCUUCUGGGCGUCUGAAAUUUCUGUCCACAAAUGAUGCAAGGGCAGAAAUGUUUGUUGAUUGUUUUGUGUUCUGGUUUGAUACCAUAGAGCUCGUGAGAGUUGCUGGUCUUCCCCAGGUUUUCAGGUCGGGAUGGGUUUUUCCAAUAUAUAUCUUUAGCUAUAUUUCUCUAUUGAGGUUGAUUGUGAAACCCAAAAAUCCCAUUCGGAGUUCCUUGGGAGUGUUUGUGCAAGAUAUUCCCUUCCUCUUCCUCCGAAUAGGAUUGAUUACAGUAUUUGGAUACGUCACUCCUCUGAUCUACCUUUUUAAAAAUAUUUUGGUAUUUUUGGCUUUCGUUUAUUUUAACUUUGUGACAAAGCUUAAGCUGUUCAACACUGAGCGAAUGUUCUAAUGACAAGGGAGUUACAAUAUCACCGCUGGUAAUUUCAUAAUUUUAUGUCAAUGUUUUUAUUUUUAUAGCAUUGUAAGUUUUGCAUUUAUACUAUGGAGGGGAAAAAGGUAGAACGUUUUUAUUUUCUUGUGUUGUAUAGGGAUAUUGAUUUUAGCUUCUAGUGAUAAGGUCUCAUUUCGGUUAUUAAGGAAUGAGGACUUUUUUUAGACAGCCACAUUUUGAAAUUCUAUGCCAUUAGCUUUGUCACAUAUUCAUCAGUAAGUGUUAAGAAUUAAUUUGUAACAAAGAAAAGUUUUCUUUUCUUGAGAGGUUUUCAUUUUGGUUCUCUUACUAGGCCUCGUACACACACAGCCUAAAUGCGGUUGCAAGUUCACCUUUUACUCUUAAUACGGUUUAAGUACACACACAGUUUGGUUCCAAAAGGCAGCGACAACCGCACUAGUUAAUCCCGUGGCGAGUUCGGUUAUCAAUUCAGUUAGGUUAGUUAAUGCGUAGCAGCUGUGUGUGUGCAUUAAAACUGCACUAAAACAACCGCAGUAGGUGCUCGUGGAUUUCUGCGCAAGUAAUUAUGUCAUAGUUUAUCAGACAUUUCCGUGUGGUAAACAUGGCUACCGAGCACUGAGUCAUUUGGUCCAAAGAGACCAAAAAAUGAAUAAAUGUUUGGUCUGAGAAAGGGAUCCAGGCUAAAUUGGAUGGCAGCAAACAAAAUUAAUUUAGCAGUGCAUUUAUAAAUGUAUUUAGCAGUGCAGAAAAAGCAAAACAGCAUCUCCGCUGGCUUUGCAGAAAAGAGCAUAGCUGUGCUUGACGAGCUCUCGAUCAAUUACGUACUGUACUUUCUUCCAAAAGCAUAAACAGAAACACAGCCUCCAUGCUGCCGCCACACAAACCUAACAAAUGUUGUGUAAUUAUUAUUAUUAUUAUUAUUAUUAUUAUUAUUAUUAUUAUUAUUAUUAUUUAUUUCUUAGCAGACGCCCUUAUCCAGGGCGACUUACAAUCGUAAGCAAAUACAAUUCAAGUAUCACAGUACUAGUAAUAAUACAAUUAAGAGCAAGAUAAAAGUCCGAGUUCAGUUGUUAGUUUAAACAGGGAGUGCACUCACUUCAGUAAUGAAAGGCGUGUGUGAACAACACACAACCACAGCGAGUGCAAUUUGUUAGUACGGUUGUCACGCCAACCGCAGUAACUGACUUAAAAAUAAAUAUUGCUCUGAAAAUGGUUGACUACUGUGGCAAAGUGGCUGAUUGUGUACAGGUGCAGGAGUGAUGCAGUGUGCAAUGCAAUGAACAAACAGAGAAUUGUAAUCCAGUGGGGUUUUUAAUGAUUAUAAUCCUGGUCUGGUGACCAAACAAUAACUCCAGGCAAUACACAACAAUGUGUACUGCACUGGAAUAAAUCAACGGGUUACAGUCCCAAAUAAUAAAUACACGUAUCUCUCCCACAAUGUACAAACACGGUCACCAGUCCUGGGUGCGUGCUAUAGUGCUUGUGGUGGGUGAUACAGUUUAUUUCGUGACAGUGGUGAAGUGCUUACGGCUUUGUGCUGGCCCAAGGCGACAGCUCAGGAGACGUGUUAGCCAUCUAGUGAUUUACAAAACAAAAGACAAUUACUGACAACGACAAACAAACAAAAACACUCACAAAUACUUUUUCGUUUAGGGUUUCUCUCGGUCCUUCCAGUUUCUCUCUUUUUUUAAACCAAGCGAAGGAGCAGAUUGCGAUUCUCCGUCCCCUUUUUAUGCUAUCACGCAUGACCCCUUGGUAAACGGGUGCAGCGGUCUCUACUAUCUGCAGCUGCUAUGUUGUUUCCCUUCCGGGUCAAUACGUUCCUGCAACGGAGUCUCGCCGUCUUCCAGACUGACCAACUUCCCAGCCCGGGGAAAGAACUGUCAGGCCAGCCCGUCCAAAGAACUCUACUUUCGCUGCUUAGUGCCCUCACAGGUCGGGAAGGAGAUUUACAACCAAAACUCAUUGUAUUUCUGUCACACUACUGUACAUAUUUUCUCACAUGCUUUUGCUAUUAGAAACUUUGGUGUAACAAUUGUGACAUCGCCUUUUGUUUUAAAGGUAUGUGUUAAAAAUCCUAAUGACUGUUCCUAUAGAUUUUUUCUUUUUUUGAUCAAGCCUGAGACCAGCUAUGACCAAAAUAAACACCUUACUGUGAACAAAAAAACUCAUUUAUUUUGGCACAAUAAUCUCCAUUAUUGGGGAAAUGUUUUGAGCUGGGGUUUUGCUGUCCAUGAGAACGUGACUGUGGGUCCUUUACUCAAAGAUGUAUAUGCUUACAGUGCAGGACACAGAAUGGAUUUUGUUUUUUAAAAAACAUGUUUUAAACACAUAAUAAUAAAUGAAAAAAAAACAGUAAUGCAAUAUUAAAGUGUGGAAAUUAAAAAAAAAUUAAAACUUUCAUGUGUCAAUUACAAUCUUCACAACGUUUGCCUGAGUUUACCACAAUGUACUGUAUGUAAAGUCAUUUUAAAUACAAUAAAGCAGUUGUUUUUCACAAGAACAAUGCAUUAUUUUUCAAGUAUCAACCAGAAAAUAUGCUGCAACAAAACAGUCAUUAUAACAUGUGUUUUACAUCCCCACGUUAAAGCUUUCAGUCACUGGACUGGGUUACAUGUACAAACAAAAUGACAUCAACCUAUUCUCAGUAAUGGCAGCCCUCACCUGAUGAAUCGGACGCUGAUCAUUAUCUGUUAAUAAUGCCACAUUAGGCAUGUCAUUGGCAUUCUGUUAACUGCAGACCUUCAUAGUGUACAGUGGGUUUCUGUAAAAAGAUGUCAGUUUAAUUUCAAACACAUUGGCAAUAUCAGCACAUGAGGUGCAGCAGUGUGGAGCAGUGGUUAGGGCUCUGGACUUCAGUCCCAGGUGGGGGACACUGCUGCUGUACCCUUGAGCAAGGUACUUUACCUAGAUUGCUCCAGUAAAAACCCAACUGUAUAAAUGAGUAAUUGUAUGUAAAAAAUAAUGUAAUUGUACGUAAAAAUAAUGUGAUAUCUUGUAACAAUUGUAAGUCGCCCUGGAUAAGAGUGUCUGCUAAGAAAUAAAUAAUAAUAAUGAAGCACACCUAUAAAUAGCCACUACUCCAUUGGAACAGAUGCACAAUCUUUUUUUUUGGCUAUACAUUUUAUCUACAUGUAUGUUUAUCCAAUAUUUCUUUUCAUGCCUGUGGCAGGGAAGGGCCCUGCUUGUAAAUAGUGUGGUUUGUCUAUUGCUGGUGCUGGUUGUCAGGGAUGGGGUUAAUUCCUAUCCCUGCCAAAUACAUGUGAGAAUGUGGUUGGAGCCUUAAUUGAAUGAUUAAUGGUUACUGGUAUUUAAGGAGGGGAAAAUCCCUGUGGAUUAAACUGUGUGUGAUUCUGUGGUAGUCAGUGAAGGCGAAUGCCAGGCCUGACAGCACUGUUUAUUAUUGUUUUAUUUUUGCCCUUGAACCAGUUACUUUGUUCCUGUGUUUUUGUUGAUGGUGUUUGUGACUUGUUCUGUUUGACUUUUUUAUUUUGCUCUGUGAGCAGUGUUUUGAUUUAUUUAUUGUU